CCCCAUCCAGAUCAAACGUCAGUCUGAUCAUCUUCUCCACGCUGCCCCAAAAAAAUCCUGAAACGCUGUCCCCUCGCCCGUCGCUCCAUCGCAGCCCGACCAUGGAGCUCUCUUCUUCCUUCGCCAAUCCGCCACCCGCCGCCGCCGCCAAGCCCUUCUCUUUCUCCUCCUCCGUCUCCCCCUUCCCCAUCCAAGUCCGCCUCAAGAAUCCCGGAGCAGCCGCCGCCGCCGCCCCGCCGUGGGGCCGCCGCCGCCUCCCCAUUUCGGCGGUGGCCGUCGACCCGGCAAAGGAGCUCCCCAGCAACAGCCCCCAGAGGCUCCUCAAGGAGCUCGCGGAGCGCAAGCGCGCGACCUCCCCCAGGAAGAAGGUGCCCCCGAGGCGGUUCAUCCUGAAGCCUCCCCUGGACGACAAGAAGCUGGCCGACAGGUUCCUGAACAGCCCCCAGCUGUCCCUCAAGUCGUUCCCCUUGCUGAGCUCCUGCUUGCCCUCUUCCAAGCUGAACAAUGCCGACCGGACUUGGAUCGACGAGUACCUGCUGGAGGCGAAGCAGGCGCUCGGGUACCCGCUCGAGCCGUCGGACGGGUACGGGGACGACAACCCGGCGAAGCAGUUCGACUCGCUGCUGUACUUGGCGUUCCAGCACCCGUCCUGCGAGCGGACGAAUGCCCGGCACGUGAGGUCGGGGCAUUCGAGGCUGUGUUUCUUGGGGCAGUAUGUGCUGGAAUUGGCUCUCGCGGAGUACUUUUUGCAGCGGUACCCGAGGGAGUCCCCGGCCCCGAUGAGGGAGAGGGUGUUUGGAUUGAUUGGGAAGAGGAACUUGCCGAAAUGGAUUAAAGCUGCUAGCUUGCAGAAUUUGGUAUUCCCAUAUGAUGAUAUGGAUAGGCUGAUCAGGAAGGACAGGGAAGCGCCUGUUAAGUCGGUUUUUUGGGCUCUUUUUGGGGCAAUAUACCUGUGCUUUGGAAUGCCAGAAGUAUAUCGCGUUCUUUUUGAAGUAUUCGGAAUGGACCCUGAUUCUGAGGACUGCCAACCAAAUCUAAGAAGGCAACUUGAGGACGUUGAUUAUGUAUCUGUUGAAUUUGAGACGAAAACACUCAGCUGGCAAGAUGUUGCUGUCUAUAAGCCUCCAGAAGAUGCACUCUUUGCACAUCCAAGGCUUUUUAGGGCUUGCGUGCCACCAGGAAUGCAUCGAUUCCGUGGAAACAUAUGGGACUAUGAUAGCAGACCAAAAGUUAUGAAAACUCUGGGAUAUCCCUUGAACAUGACAGAUAGGAUCCCUGACAUUACCGAAGCCAGAAAUAUUGAACUUGGACUUGGGCUACAGCUAUGUUUCUUACACCCAUCAAAAUACAAGUUUGAUCAUCCUCGAUUCUGUUAUGAGAGGUUGGAGUACGUCGGCCAAAAGAUCCAGGAUCUGGUAAUGGCGGAGAGGUUACUGAUGAAGCAUUUGGAUGCACCGGGCAAAUGGCUGCAAGAGAGGCACCGGCGUAUUCUCAUGAACAAGUUCUGCGGGAGGUACUUGAGGGACAAGCAUCUUCACCACUACAUCGUUUACUCCGAGGAAGUUCAGGAUGCGUACGAGCACAACCGGCGACUUCGGAACCCAGCCACAACGGCCAUCCAACAAGCGAUUCACGGGCUCUCAUACACAGUAUAUGGGAAGUCGGACGUAAGGCGACUCAUGUUUGAUGUUUUCGACUUUGAGCAAAUUCAGCCUAAGGCUAUUGUUUAAAAGAUAGAUCGGAUAGAGUCGCAAGCUUCCAAAUUAGUGAAUAUAGCAAUUUUCCGCCUU